UCAACAAGUCGCUGCAAGUGCCGCCCGACGCGAACUGAUAAUUUCCCAGAGAAAUUUGGGCGCAUUGCCUGCUGCCGAAGUGGUGGAAAAGUAGUGAUAACCAUCUGCGGGUGCCCUGGGACAGUGCGGAGAGUGGAUAAUCGGGGGUCCGAGUGCCAUGUGAGGUGGAAAAGUGAGUGAGAAAUGGUGUCGCGUCCAUUGGACAGUGCGAGUUGCUGACGACAAAGUGCCUGCCAAGUGCCUUUAUAGUGAUUGAGGAAAGUGUCCGACAUGAGUUGGCGUGAUUUGUGGUCCGUGGCGCUCAUUUUGGGCUUCGCGGCUGUGUGCGGAGCCCUCGCGGGCAACAGCUACUACGGGGAUGAGUACAACUCGCUGUACUCGCCCACGGAUCGGACAGUGCUGACGGCGGCGGACAACCGCAAGCCCGCGUUCCGCGACUGCAAGGGCUACGCCCCGUCCGUGAAGGAGGAGCAGUCCCCGGGGACGUUCGUGCUGAAAGUGGAGGCGGACGACCCCGACGAGGCGGACACCAUCGAGUACAGCUUCGUGACGGCGCUGUCGGAGCGCCCCAGGUUCCGCAUAGACUCGAAGACGGGCGUGAUCGUCACGGCGUACACGUUCGACCGCGACGAGCCGAUCCGGGAGAAGGAAGUGUAUGUGACAGUGCGGGCGACGGACAAUGGGCGGCCGCCCCUCGAUGAUGUGUGCACGUUCAAGGUGACCAUUGAAGACAUCAAUGACAAUCCACCAGUGUUCGAUAAAGCCAAAUAUGAGGAGAGCAUGAGUGAGGAUACUCAAGUGAAUCGUGUCGUGAUGCGAAUCUCAGCCUCCGAUUUCGAUGACGGAGACAAUAGCAUUGUGAAGUAUGAGUUACUGCCAGAGAAGGAUUAUCAGUACUUCAGGAUUGACGAGACCAACGGUCUCAUUUACCUGGCGAGGUCCAUUGACAAGAAGCCAGGGCAGUAUUACAGCAUGAACGUGCGGGCGUUCAACAUCAUCAACGACUUCCCGCAAGAUGCGCAGAUUGAGGUGCGAAUCCGCGUGAUUGAGUCCAACAAGAAGCCACCGACGUUUAUCAAUCCACCCACGGAGCCAAUCUACCUCAGAGAGAACUUCAGUGACUACAGCAAGAGUCUGGUUAUCCUGAAGGCACAGUCGAAUGUGCUAGACAAACCCGAAGUGAUUUUUGAGCUGAUCACGGGGCGCACAGAGCAGACAAACAGCAAGAAGACAUUCGUCUUCACCCAGGGUGAGGAUGAUGUGUCAAUUACUCUCGGCAAGGCUCUGGACUAUGAGGCCAUCACGGAUUACACACUGACAAUGAGUGUGAAGAAUACAUACGAUCUCGUGGCUGAGCAUUUAAUCAAGAUCAAGGUGGAGGAUGUAAAUGACAACAUUCCGUACUUCACGGAAGUGACAACAGGAACGAUCUCGGAGAAUGAGCCACCGGGGACGCCGGUGAUGCAAGUGAGGGCGUUCGAUAUGGAUGGCACGACGGCUAACAAUAUUGUGUCGUUCGAAUUGGCGGACAAUACAGACAUUUUCUCGAUAGACUCCAACACAGGGAACAUCACGGCGCUGACGACAUUCGACCGGGAGGAGAGGGACUUUUACAAUGUCAAGGUGAUCGCGACGGACAAUUCGCCGUCCAGCUUGUACAACACGGGGCAGCACAAUAUGGGCCAACAGGUGUUCCGCAUUGAGAUUGCCGACAAGAACGAUCACAGUCCACAUUUUACCCGCGAUGAAUACAUUUCCGAUAAGGUGGCCGAAGAUGCAAAUAUCAAUUUUCUGGUAAUUGAGGUGACGGCUGAGGACGCAGAUGCCGCGUCGCAGAUCACCUAUACCAUUGUCAGUGGCAAUGUCGGGGAUGCCUUCAAGAUUGAUCCUUCAACGGGGAAGAUCACGGUCAAUAAUACACUGGACUAUGAGAAUAUCACGGAGUAUUCGCUGAGGAUCAGGGCAUUUGAUGGGGUGUACGAGGAUAAUGCCAUUGUGACGAUUAAGAUUGAGAAUGUGAAUGACAAUCCGCCGAAAUUCCUCGAGGACAGCUACAGGACGACAAUACCCGAGGAGGAGAUUGUGGAGGGAUGCAUCCUGAACAUUGAGGCGUACGAUCCGGAUAUCAAGGACAGGAACUCUCAGCAGCUCAUCAAGUAUUUCAUUGUGAAGAGCGAACAGCAGCACUUGCUGGCGAUCGACAACGAUGGGUGUCUGCGGCUGAUUCAGCCACUCGAUCGCGAUGAGCCAAAUGGCCACAAGAAUUGGCAGGUGAUUGUGGCGGCUGUCGAUGAGAAUGGGAGUGGUUUGCGCUCAGUGACGGAUGUUACAAUAACCCUGACGGACAUUAAUGACAAUGCACCAUUUCUCAAUGUGAAAAUGCCUGUAAUUUGGCAGGAAAAUCGCCAGCCGGGCAAUAUUGUUACGCUGAAGGCGAAAGACUACGAUGAGCCACACAAUGGACCACCCUUUCACUAUGACAUUGAUCCAAAUGCUCCGGAGGAUAUCAAGGAGAAAUUCAGCAUCUCAGGUGAGGUCCUAAUUGCGAUUGACACUUUCGAUCGGGAGCAGCAGAAGGAGUAUCUCAUUCCCAUCAUGAUCAGUGACUCUGGCAACCCGACGAUGCGCAAUGUGAGCAUCUUGCAUGUGGUGAUUGGGGAUGAGAAUGAUAAUCCCAUGAAAGAGGGCAGUAGCAGUAUUUUUGUGUACAACUACAAGGGAGAAUCUCCGGACACGGAAAUUGGACGGGUGUAUGUGAAUGAUCCCGACGACUGGGAUCUGCCAGACAAAUUUUUCUCGUGGAAGGAUGGCAUUCGCGAUGAUAGUUUCUCCUUGAGCGCUGACACGGGGAUGAUCACGAUGCUGGAGGGAACGAGAGAGGGUGACUAUCGACUGUUCUUUACCGUGACUGAGGAAGCCAGAGACAUUCCUCGUCAUUCAGUCACUGCAGAAGUUUUGGUGACUGUCCGAGAGAUCCCAGAGGAGGCUGUAGACAAGAGUGGCUCUAUCAGAUUCUACGGCGUGACUGCUGAGGAGUUCAUCGUGCAGCCCACGGAUGGAAGUGCCGGUGGAAAGAGUCACAAGGAUCGCUUCAGAGACGCUCUAGCGCGUACACUCAAUGUCUCUGUGGAGAAUGUGGAUGUUUUCACGGUUUUGAAGCACGACUACAACGCAUCGUAUCUCGAUGUGCGAUAUUCAGCUCAUGGGAGUCCGUAUUAUCCCCCGGAGAAGCUAAACGGUGUUGUGGGACAGAAUCAGGAGAAGCUGGAAGAGGAACUCGGGCUGAAAAUGUUCAUGAUCAACAUUGAUGAGUGCCUUAUUGAGAAGAAUAAGUGUGAAGCGUCGUGCACGAAUGUGCUUCACAAAUCCAAUGUGCCACUCUUGGUGUACACGAAUCGAACGUCGUUUGUGGGUGUGAAUGCCUUUGUCCAGGCGGAGUGCAUCUGCCGGGUCCCGACGCCUGUGGUGUGCCUGAACGGUGGCACGCCGUUCGACGAGAGUUGUGAGUGUCCGGAGGGAUACGAGGGACCUCAUUGUGAGGUGAUUGCCAUUGGUUUCCACGGGACUGGAUAUGCAAUGUACCCACCAAUAAAUCCCUGUGACACCACAAAUAUUUCGCUAGAGCUGUCGCCUCAUCGAGAGGAUGGCUUGGUCUUGUAUGUUGGACCUUUGAAUUACAACCGCCUUUUGCCGGUGCAGGACUUCCUUGCUCUCGAACUCGUGCGAGGAUAUCCCGUUCUUAUUGUGGAUUAUGGCUCGGGCAGCAUCCGGAUUGAGCACAAACACAUUCAGCUGAAGCCUGGGAAGAGCUACACCAUUGACAUCAAUAUGCAGCAGACUAGUAUUGAGAUGACUGUGGACAAUUGUCGUCUGUCCACUUGCAUGAGUCUUGGAGCGCCUCAGGGACCCAAUGAAUUCCUCAACGUCAACGCUCCUCUUCAGCUGGGCGGGAUUUCAGUGAAUCUUGAAUAUCUGGCAUCUCAAUUUGGGUGGCAUCAUGUGCCUCAGAGCCUUGGCUAUUCGGGAUGUGUGAGAAAUCUCACGAUUGACGGCCGAACGUACAAUAUUGGGGCUCCUAGUAUUUCUAAGGACGUGGACAUUGGCUGCCAGAGAUCAAUGGCUGUGGCUGUGGCCUUUGGAAUCGACACGAACUUCCUGAUAGCCAUUAUCGUGUGCAUCGCAGUGCUGCUCUUCCUCAUCCUGGCUGUGGUGGUACACAAGAGACACCAAGAUGGGUGGCAUGAGAAGGACAUGGAUGACAUUCGGGAGACGAUCAUCAACUAUGAGGAUGAAGGUGGCGGUGAGAGAGACACAGAUUAUGAUCUCAACGUAUUCAGAAUGCCACAAAUCUACGAGGACAAGCCAUACAGCGAGAGUCUGCAGAAGCGAGAAAAUCUCAAUGAAGUGCCCGACAUUGGAGGCUUCUUGGUGGACAAGAAGGAUUCGUGCGACAAGGACAAUGACGCUCAUCCUGUGGACGAUGUGAGAUACUACGCCUACGAGGGCGAUGGCAACUCCACGGGUUCACUCUCGAGUCUGGCAUCGUGCACAGAUGACGGGGAUCUCAAGUUUGACUACCUGAGCAACUUUGGGCCGCGAUUCAGGAAGCUGGCUGACAUGUACGGUGAAGAGCCCUCAGAUACCGACUCCAAUGGAGAUGCCGAGGAGGGAUGGCGAAUAUAGAAGAUAAGCUGAGUUGAAUGUGGAUGAAAUUUGAGGAGAGAAUUAUAGUGGACAUAAAAAUUUUACACAAGUGACAGUGGAAGGCAUCAUCGUGACAGCGCCAAGCAGAGGAUGGAGUGAAACAUUGUGAGAAAAAAAUAAUGAGCGUAAUAUAGUGGUUAAGACUGAUUUGUGAUUAAUAUUAAGUGAACGCAAACGUAUGAGGAGAAAAAUGAACAAAUUGUGAAGGGAGAUGAAGAGAGAAAUAUUGAAAUAAAAAGUGCGAAUAAAUCAAAGGAAAAUGUCACGUAUUAAUUUCAGAAGAUGCAUAUUACAGUAGAGGAAGUUUAAGAUGUUUACGGAGUAAGAAAUUUUAGCUUAAGGAAAAACAACGUAGUGUAACAUUUUAAAGAAAUUGAUGGAGAUAUAUAGUGUUAAGAUGAGGGAGAAAAACUGCCUAUAGUGAAGUAGAGAAGAAUAUUAGAUGAAUUUUUAUACAGCAAUUGUGGGCAAAUUCCAAAUGAAGUAAUUUUGCAGGAGGGAAAAAAUCUACAAAAAAAAUCGGAAAAUAGAAGAAAAUACUGAAGAAAAUGUGCCUGAAAGAUAUAUUAGAAUGUAUUGAUAGCUAUUAAGAUUGGAUGUCGUAAUGAGAAAUUGCAAUUUGGCAAAUUAGUGAAUAUGAAGAAAGAAAAUCUUUUGAUGUGAAACACGAAAUUUGAAAUCAUUCCAUUAUAAAGUAGUUACUGAAAGUAAACGCAAGUUAAAACGAUUUAUAGCUAUAUUUAUUGUGGAGAGCGAACGAGUGUGAGUGAUAAGAGGGAAUUAUUAUGUAAUGUGGGAUGUGAGAGAUUUGCAGAUUUGCACUGCAAAUGCAAGAGAAAUCUAUUUUGUCUUAUUAACACAAUUUUUUACAUAUACAUAUUUUACAUUUAAAGAUCUUUUUUUUCUAUAUUAUCUCCAAUAAAGAUAUUUCAAAAGA